AUGCAAACAGCAACCACAACAAUUACCUCCAGAGUUCGUCAUUUCUCAUCCCAUGUUCGAGUGGCGCAACAGCAAGCUUCGCACAUUUUAAAAGAAUCAACUAGCCAUUCGCCAUCCCCGUCUACUGCCCCUACUCACUCUUCUCUUACGUCGCCUCCUCCUCCUUCACGAACUGUAGUAAACGUCGACUCCAACCUUCAUUUCUACAGAAACAAACUUCUGGACGAAUAUGUACAGCAAAAGACAACUCCCAUAACGCUGCGACAACUUUUGUUCUAUGAACGUCAGCUUAACACGGAUCGACUCCUCAAAUCCGCCAACUAUGUACGGCGCGAACUACCCGUUCGAAUAUCGCAUAGGAUACGUGAAUUCCAAAAACUACCGUUCAUUGUGGGCACCAACCCGCAUAUUCAAUCCGUCUACGAUAUCUAUUGGCAAGCGUUUGAACGACUGCGUAAAGUGCCGCCGAUUCGCACUCUCCAGGAGAAUGACGCUUUCUGUGACAAGCUGAUCGAAUCGCUCCAGUCUCAUAUGGUCGCGAUCCCGCGCCUUGUUCUGGGCAUCUCCGAAUGUGAACAACAUAUCGACCCUGACCGUAUCGAUCGCUUCAUGCAUGCAACGCUGCGCUCCCGAGUAUCCCGCCGAGUCCUAGCAGAACAGCAUUUGGCUUUGUCGCAACAACUCAGAAAUAAGUUAUCACCUGUGUUCAGCAGCUGCUCUGCUCGGGAUACCGUCGCCCAGUGCGUUGCGUUGGCCCGAGCGCAUAGUGCAGCAGAUAACGUCCAGGCACCUGAAGUGAUGAUAGACGGACAAGACGUCUGGUUCACGUACAUAUUUGACCACAUUGAAUACAUAAUCUACCAACUCCUUUCAAACUCGUUCCGACAUACUAUUGCAACCCAUCCACAACACACGCUUCCGCCAAUCAAGGUCACCGUCUGCUCCAACGACGCUGACGUUCUUUUCCGUAUAUCGGAUCAAGGAGGAGGGAUGUCUGCUUCGAUUUACAACCAGAUAUGGUCAUAUGGACAACGACCGCAUGCUCGCUUUGGUAACUUUCGAAAUGUCUCGCAGCUGGCUGCACGUAUCACCGAGCAUGAUCAAGUCACGGUCCCACUAGGCAUUGGCCUGCCAAUGAGUCGGGUCUAUACAGAAUACUGGGGCGGAAAUAUCAAUAUUGUGACGAUGGAUGGAUGGGGUACGGAUGCGUAUGUACGGGUACCGCGUUUCGGCACCCAGCUUGAAAACCUCGACGUUGUUUCAGAAGAGGAGGGCCGUGAAGACGAAGGUUGGCCAAUGUCACAUCGUCGCUUCGUUGUAUAA